CGGUGGUCAGUCUGCGCGAUUCCCGCUCAAGACCGUCGGACGUCCCACCAUCUGUCCUUAUUGCAAUUGCAACCCCCCUGUUCGUCUCCAAACCGGCAAUCGAAACCUUGGCGAAACCGUGGGUCAUGGUUCCACCAGCCAGCGUGCUUCUGUGAGUGAGGCAGCCAUGAUCACGUCGUUGGGGUUACGCAGAUUCCUCGCUGCUGCUUGCGAGACGUCGCAUAUGGUGAAGCAUGUUAUCUAGCAUAAGAUUUUAUCAAGGAGGCUUCUUCGGAGGCUUCUCCAGACUUGCACCUCCGGGAAUCUGGACUAGAAUCUAGCCUAAAUCACGGCAGCGGCGAUGGGGGCGAUGGCAGUAGCGGCGUCGCGGUUCGUCCGUGAAUCCGUCCGUCCGUACAUCUCCGCGUAAAAUCCGGCCAUCUGGUGAUCCCGUCCGUCCGUUCAGCGGCCCAUCAUGGCAGCGGCGAUGGCGGCGAUGGCAGCCGCGGCGUCGCGGUUCGGCGGCAAGGGCGGGCUGCAGUGGCACGACUGGCAGACGCUCAUGUCCGAAUUCAAUGAAUCUCACGAGAUGCAGAACCAGUGGGUGCAGCUGUACCCGCCUCCCGUGCUCUUCGACCUCGGGCUCAACGUCAUUCUCAAAGACAAGGAGCCGGCUGCAAACAAGGCGCAGCUGCUGUCGUUUCUGGACGAGCACGCGCUGCUGCUGGUGCUGGGGGAGAGAGAGCUCGACCUGCCACUCCCCACGCUGCUGCCCUCCCCCUCCGGUAUAGGCACUGGUGGUAGCGGUGCUGGUGCCGCCGGUACCAGCAGCGUUGGUGGUGAUGGUGAGACUGGUUUCGGCGCGUCUCUCUCCUUCCCCUCGGCUCACCUCCUAGAGGCGGCCAUGACAGCUCGGCCCACUCUGCAACGCCUGCUCUCCCUCCUCGCCUCCCUCACGCACUACCCUUCUCCCCCCUCCUCCUCCUCCUCCUCUCUCACCACUGCCACCUCGUCUGUCUUCCCCUCCUCCUCCGCCUCCCAUUCCUCCCACGCACCCCCAUCUUCCUCCUCCUCUGUAUCGACAUCAACCACUGACGCUGCAGCGCAGUCAGCAGCAGCAGCCAGGUCAGCAUCGGUGCAGUCAGCAUCAGCGGCACAGCUGGCAGGGAUGGCAGGAGUUGGAGGGGACGGGGUGUCGGUGUCGGCAUUGGCGUCGCUGCCUGCUGGGUUGAGGCCGCAGCUGGUAUCGGCUGUCACUUCCGUCUUCAUCCAGCUUGAGGCAAUGGACCUGUUUCCCGACCUGCUCGCCUCGCUCGUCGAUCUGCUCCUCUUCGCCGCAAAGAGGACGAACCACGCCGACCGCUUCAUCCGCCAGGCGGCGUGUCUCGGCCUGCGUGAGCUGGAGGGCGCAUACCCGUGCAUGCUGCAGCAGUACGGGGGGCAUGUUUUGGCGUUUCUGGCCUUGGAGCGAUCGUUCGUGUGGCAGGGGUAUGCGCUGCUGCUGUCAGCGAUAGUCAAGAAUCUCUGUGCAACGUUCUUCGCUGGCUCAGCACCAUCUCUCACAAAAACCUCCUCAGGCGGCUCUCCCUUCUCCUCUUUCUCCUCCAUCUCCUCCCUCUCCUCCGCCUCCUCUCACGCCCCCCUGCCCUCUCCCUCCCCCUCGCCCUCCCGCCUGCACCCUUCCUCCUCCACCUCCUCCUUCUCCUCUCUGCACCAACAGUCGCACCAACACACCACCCAGUACUCGCACCAGCAGCAACAGCACCACCAGCACCACCAGCACCAGUACCAGCAGCAACACCAGCACCAGCACCACCAGCACCAGCAGCACCAGUACCAGCAGCAGCACCAUCACCAGCAGCAGCAGCUCCAUGCCUCUCCUCUCACCUCGGCCUCCUCCCUCCCCGCCUCGUCUGCCUCUUUCAAAUUCCGCCCUCUCACAGUCGCCCCCCCUCAAGCUGAAUCGCUCUUGGCCCUUCCCUUUGACCCCAGCGCCCCACCUUUCUUCUCCCUGCCGCCCCCCUGGGGGCACUUGGUGACGAGGCAGCAGCGGCAGCAGAGCGAGGGAGGAGGAGGGGGUGUGGAGGUGGGGGUUGUUGAGAUCCUUCGAUCGGAAGUGCCGAUUGCUGGCCAGCGAGCCAUCCGCAAGGCCAUCUCAGCGCUCCUCGACGCCUGCCAGCUGGCGUCGCCGCCUGUGCUCACAUGCGUGCUUGCUGACGUGGCGGCGGUGGCAGCUUCCCUGAACCUUCCUUUCCUGAGGUCUCAGGCUCUCCAAGAUAUGGGGUCGCUGGAGAGCGCCUCCCGCACCCCGAGCCUCACCCACUCCCACAGCUUCAACCAGCCUCAUGGAUCUUUCCAACCUCAUGGAUCUUUCCAGUCCCAUGGGUCGUCCCAUUCCCAUGGCUCGUUCGAGUCUCUUGGGUCCUCCCACCAACCCCAUGCCUCUAUCCCGCGCUCCUCCUCCCUCUCCUCGUCCACUGCCACUAUCCCUUCUGCCCGACCCGCCACUCCAAUUACUGCAUCACGUCACGCUGCACCAGCACCCCUACCGGAUCUCCUCCCGGCGCACACCAAGCGUGCUGUGGUGCUGCGUGUGGCCCGGUUGGUCCACGAGCCCUGGCAGCCAAUCGUGGUGCGCCAGCUGGCGAUGAGGUGGCUGCUGGCCCUGGAAGUGGAUGGCAGAGCAGCGAGGGGGGACAGUGUGGGUGCUGCUGGUGCGGAUGCCAUGAUGGAUGCCGGUGCCGGUGCUGGUGGUGCUGGUGGCUUUGGUGGUUCCCACCAGCAGCAGCAGCUGGUGCAGCAGGCACACUCACAGCCCGGUGAUACCCCCAGGCGGAGCCCCAUCCUGCUUCCAGCGCACCUAGCAGCGGCUCUCUCCAUCCGUCUCUUCGACCCGCUCGCCCUCAAGGCCGCCAAGGCGCAGACCUUUGCCCGCAUCGCCGCUGCCGCUCUCUGCACCGCGCUUGAUGAAGCCCUAGAUGCCGCCACGUCAGCACCUGCCACAUCAGCAUCUGUCGGAUCAGACUCUGCCACAUCAGAUGCCACUGCGAGCCAAUCAGCAGCAGUUGCUGCCGCUGCUGCUGCUGCCAACGAGGUUGUCUCUGCUAGUCUGCUGCAGCAGCAGCUGUUGCAUGAGUCUCUUGCCUCCCUCUCUCUCUUCUACCACCUCCCUCCCUCCUCUCUUGAAGCCCUACUCGCCUUUCGCACCCUCCGCUGCUUCCUCACUGCCACGCCCCUCCCCCUCCUCUCACUCGCCCGCCACACCUCCCCUUUCCCCUCUCCCCCUUCCCUCCUGUCCAUCAUUUCUCCCCCUCUUUCUUCCCACUCUCUUUCGCCCCCCCAGCGGUACACCCACCAGUUGACCAUCGACAUAGGUGCAUCAGAACCCCCCGCCAAACCCCACCUUCUCUUCGCACCAGGUCUCACCGCUCCCGCCCCUCCCCCCUCCAUCCUCGCAUCAGUGCAAGCCUUUCUGCUGGGCACGCUGACAGCCAUGCCCGAGCACAUCCCCAGCGUGCUCUUCUUCCUCUCCUGCCUUGCGCACUGCCCGCACCACCACCCCCUUGCGCGCUCCCUCCACCGCGCUCUCUUCUCCCAGCUCAUCCCUCUGUUAAGUCAACCAUCCGCCACUGUCCCAUCGUCUACAAUCACGUCCACAAGCCAACCGUGUUCUCUGCGCCUCAGUACGGCUUCUAUAGGCCUUCAUCCUCCUCCUCCUCCUCCUCCUCCUCCUCCUCCUCAUCCGCUUCCUCUCCCGCCUCUCCCUGCUCCUUUCACCUCCACCGCACGAUCUGCCAGGUCAGCAGGCUAUCUGACGGCCCAGCCUCUCCUGGCCCCCCUCUCCCUCUCCUCCGUGCCCCGCUUCUUCCCCCUGCUGCACGCACUCUCGGCCAAUCCCGACGUGCCACCUGGCCCGAUCGUGGACCUCCUGCUGGGAUUCCUGCGGAAUGAGAAGGAGAGGGGGGAGAGAGGAGGGAAGGGGGGGAAGGGGGAAAGGGAGAUGUGAGGAGGGGAGGGAAGGGGGGAAAGGGAGAGGUGAGGGAAGGGGAGGAGGGAAGGAGGGAUGGCUCUGGAAUGGCAAGAUGGUCUUAUAUUGGUGGUGCUGCUGCUGCUGCCGGUGCUGCUGCUGGUGCUGCUGCUGCGGGUGAGGAGGCAUCUUGGGAAGACACUGCACAAGUACUCUCCAUAUG